UACGUGUCUUUGUUCUUAGCUACUAUUAUAUAAAAAUGCUGCAAUUUCCAUUUUCUAUAGUAACAUUCACUUCAGAAAAUACUUUACUUUAAAGGCAGAAAUUGUCCUAAAAGAAAAUAUGUACACUGCUAUCUUCUUGCUUCUUGCUUUCGUUCACUACAGUAGUGCAGUUGUCUGCGAUGAGAGCUAUUGUGGCGUAGAAUACUUUUACAUCAAUUGCAAGCAAGGCUACAGACCAGUAUAUGUAGUAUGUAAUUGCUGUGCUACUUGCGAAAAAGUCCUAAAUAGAGGAGAUAAAUGUGAAAUAAAAGCUGAGCCUGCUGUUGAAGUUGAUUUUGGUGCGUAUAUAGUUAAUGGGGGACAAGUACCAAAAGUAAAUUACAGCUAUCCUCGCUGUGGACCAGGACUUAGAUGCAAUCCCGAUAGCCACAGAUGUGAACCUAAAGCCACAUCGGGAUAAAUAUUUUAUACCUUUUUACUUUGCUUCUUUUAUUAAAAAAUGCGAAGGAAAA